AUGUUCGACGAGGCGAACAUCGCCGCCGCGAUAUCCGCCUGUGCGUCCGAGGGAUGGACCGACGCGGCGCGCAACGACGCCGUCGCCGACGAGUUCAGCACCGCGCUGGAGGAGAUAUGCGCGACGUACAACUUUGGCCGAUGCGACGACUCCGAGGCGACCGACGCCCUCGUCUCCCUCGCGUCCUUGGCGCUCAGCCGCGACGCCUCCGCCGUUGCAUCCGCCGUGGACCACUUCGACAUGUCGGACGCGACGAAGAAGCUCCUGGACGUCAUCGGGGUGGAGAUAUUCACGCCGCUGAUGGAGUGCGCGGACGCCGUGGACGAUCGGAUCGCGGAGGCGUGCGCGUGCGCGCUGGUGGACGCGUGCGCCGAGGCGUGCGGACCGCGGGACAUGUUCGUGAUGGCCCUGGGCGCGCUGCAAUCCCGCGUCGAGCGCGCCGCGAAAGACCUCGACGGCGACGACGACGACCACGACUACGCCGGCCACCACGAGCCCUCCGUGCGUCACAGGGGUUGGAGGCUCACCGGCGCCAUCUGCGCGGGACUCGCGACGUGGCUGCGUCGAGCUAAGAACCCCGCGUCGCUCGCCCCCGACGCGAUCCCAAUCGUCGCGUCCCUCGCGGCGUUGUGCGGCAGAUGCGCGCGCUUCGUCGCAGAGGCCGAAGGGGGGGCGGAAAGGGCGGGAUGCGAACCGGCGAGCAGGCACCACGGCCCCGAGGCGGCGUACCGCGGCGUCGGCGAGUUCUUCAAAGUCGCGUGCGACGCCAUGCACGGCGAACGCGCGGCGGGGCACGCGCUCGCGGACGGGAUGCGCGCGCUGGCGCUGGACCCGCGCCGCCUGUUCCGGCCCACGCCUCGCGGGCGAUUGUGCACGCACCCGGACCACGAGUGGGUGCUGCAAAGGCUCGGGACCCUCGACCACUUACUGUCGUUUACCGAUUUCGCCACAAACGACGAGACGAGCGACGAGACGAGCCAGUGGUUGGCCCGCGACGAGGCGACGCGCCAAAGCCUCGCGAGUAGUACGACGUCGCACGUCGCCGCCGCGCUCAUCGCGUGGCGUUGGCUCGUCGAGGCUGAGGAACAAACGCCGUGGCCGUCCAUCGUCAACGAGGGAAGCCCGCUGGGCGACGGGUGCUCGUGUUUGACGCUCGCGAAGAUUGCGCCGUUGGCGGAUGCGCUCGUCGGGUCGGAGCGAUCGCCGACGCACUUCGUCUCGGGGCUGGAGCUGGCGUCUCUGGCGUUUCGGAGGGCGCCGCAGGGGAUGGAGGACGGGUGCGUCGCCGGGCGUGAGCUCAUGCGCAAGCUUCAGGUGGUGAUGGCGAGGACCGCGGACGCGGGCGCGAGGGAACUCGCGAGGAAAGCGUUUGUCAGGGCGCUGGCGCUGCACAGGCCGCGACGAAGGCUGGACGUGCUGAGGCAGUGCCUGGAGGCCCCGGCGCCGUCGGGCGCCGUGGCCGCGAUGUUGGUGACCCUCGUCAAGCGCGAGAUGGAGAACGCGUGGCCAGAACGGCCCGGGGAGGAACAGGCGGACGAGCCGGCUCGGCCGUUUUUGCCCGCCGCCGUUAAAGCGGUGGAGUCGCAGAUUGCGAUCGCGUUGGACCCGGGUUCGAGACCGUCGCGGGGCGUGGGUUCCACCCCCGCGUGGCUUCGCGACGCGUCCGCCGUCGCGGACGUCGUGGGCGCCGCGCUCAACGCCCUGCGGUUCGUGUUGAUGCGCGAGGGGGGCUUAGGUCCGGAGUGGAAGGGAUCGGCGCCGGCGGGGGCGUGGCGUCGGCGCCGCGAGCUCCUCGACGCCGCCGUGAAGCCGGCGGCGGAGUGGGCGAGGGAACGGCUGGCUGAGUGCGACGAGAAGGACGGCGGGUGGGAGGCACUUAUGGGGUACCACCACGUGCUCGAGGUGAGCGAGCGGAUCGUGGAGUUUUGCGAGGAGCGGGACGAGCGCGAGGCACCGUGA